AUGGUGUGUGGACGUGCAGGAGAAGAGGGAGGAACGGGUGGCGAGCGGACGUGGGAUGAGGGUGGGCGGUGUGCGAAUGAGGAGGAGAGGAGGAGGCGGGGCCUGCGACUGGGCGGGGCAAGAAGAGAAAGGUGGUCAGGGUUGGAGCGAUACGUCGAGGGAGUUGUUGUCGCUGAUUUUGUUAUUCAAAAAUUGGAAGUUGACUUCGAUAAGUAUCAAUCUCAGCUAGGUGAAAAUAAUAGUAAAUCUAACAAGAGUAUCAUAAGAGAGGCAGGUAAUGCUUCAAGGGGGCCCAGCGGAGAGAAGCCUGCUGCUGUUGUGUUGUUCCUCAUGGAGGUGGCGAGCGGGAUGGUGGACGAGAUCGGAUUGAAUACCUGGUCUGCUGUGCUCUACACUGGUUCUCACGAUUUUUGGAGAUUCCGACGGCUGGGCGUCGCUGUUGGAGCGCCAGAAAUGAACGCCUUGAAAGACAUUAAAAUCUCCAUAAAAUAAACGCGACUCCGGCAAAAACCUUCUCUAAGAUUUUUAAGCCUGGGAUAGUCUCGAAUCUCAGG